AAGAUGGCGGCAGUGCAAGUGGCCGGCUCCUUGCCGGGCGGGCCGCCGCGGGAGGCACCCCCCGAGCAGGGCAAUGGGUUCAGCUGCUUGUCAGCCAGGCUCCGCGCCUUGCGUCCGGAUGACAGCAGCUCCGCCCGCACCGAGAUCCACCUGCUCUUCGACCAGCUCAUCUCCGAGAACUACAGCGAGGGCGGCGGCGUGGCCCCAGAGGAUGUCAGUACUCUUCUUGUCCAAGCUUGCCGACUGGUGCCUCUUAAUCAAAAUCAUCUUGUCAGCAAAGUAUCUCAGCUUAUCCACCAUUUACUUAACAGAUUACAGGUCAUUGUUGAUGAACAGAACCUGGAUUUCCUGUUGGCAUAUACUAUUUCUGCUCUUCAGCAGUGCAGUUCCUGGACACACGUGGAAAUUCUUCAAGCCCUGGCGGCUCUGGUUUACUGCAAUGGCUCAAAAUGUCAAAAGUACCUCCCAGACUUGCUAGGCAAGAGCGGAGUCUUGAUGAAGUUCAGUAACUCGACUCAGCCCGACCCUGAGGUUAGGAGAGCUGCAGUGCAUUGUAUGGCAAAUUUAUGUCUCAGUGUGCCAGGACAGCCAUACUUGGAGGAGUCCUACCAAAAUAUCUGCUUCCAAGCUUUCUUGACCACCUUACAGUCUCCAAAAUCAUCUGAUAUGGAUGAUAUCACAUUUUGCAUGUUAUUACAAAAUGCGUUAAAAGGUACACAGUCUCUUCUGAAUGGUGGGAAGAUGAAACUGACACAGACCGAUGAACUUGGAGCUCUCCUAGCUGUGCUCAAGAAAUCCAUGUUUCAUGGACUGCCUGGACUAAACAUAGAGAUGCCCACGGUGUUAUACCCCACUCCACUUCCUCAGUAUGAUGGGCGACCACCUGUCAAACCACCGCAAUCAGAAUCCAGCGCUUCUCGACCAACUCUGAAUAAAAAGAAAAAAUCAAAAGUAAAACCAAAGAAAACCCAGCAAGGAGAAGAGGAGGAAGAGGAAGAAUCCAGUGGGGAAAGAGAAGCAGCCCCAGUCACUGGCCCGGGCAGAGUGAACCUGCGUGAAGGGAACACUCGGCGUCCCCACUCCCCGGGUGUCCAGAGUUUGCCGUUAGACGGAAGUGGAGCUGCAGGAAAGGACCGAGUCUCCUCACCCUUCAGUUCUUUCGGUUGGAAAAGGGUCAGCAGUAGUGAGUCAGACUAUUCUGAUGCUGAAGGAGGCAUGCAGAGUAAAAUGAGGUCUUACCAAGCUAAAGUUCGCCAGGGAGCAUUAGCUUGUUUUCUUUCUACUAUAAAAUCAAUAGAAAAAAAAGUGCUUUACGGCUACUGGUCAGCCUUUGUUCCUGAUACACCUGAGCUCGGAAGCCCACAGUCUGUGUCCUUAAUGACUCUUACGUUAAAAGAUCCUUCUCCAAAGACGCGUGCCUGUGCUCUGCAAGUUUUAUCGGCCAUCUUGGAAGGCUCAAAACAAUUUCUUUCUGUUGCUGAAGAUACCAGUGACCACAGAAGGGCUUUUACUCCCUUCUCUGUGAUGAUUGCUUCCAGCAUUAGAGAGCUGCACAGAUGUCUCUUGUUAGCUUUGGUGGCUGAGUCAUCCUCACAGACCCUUACUCAGAUAAUUAAGUGCCUUGCGAAUUUAGUAUCAAAUUCACCUUAUAACCGUCUGAAACUCAGCCUGCUGACCAAAGUCUGGAACCAGAUAAAGCCUUAUCUCCGCCACAAAGACGUUAAUGUUCGAGUGUCAAGUCUCACUCUCUUGGGAGCCAUAGUGUCCACUCAUGCACCUUUACCUGAAGUCCAGCUACUUUUACAACAGCCCUGUUCUUCUGGACUCAGCAAUAGCAAUUCAGCGACUCCUCAUCUCAGCCCUCCUGAUUGGUGGAAGAAAGGCACCUCAGGACCCUUUCUGGAAGAAGCAUCAGUUAGCUCCCCUAAGGGGUCUUCAGAGCCCUGCUGGCUCAUUCGACUUUGCAUUUCCAUUGUUGUACUGCCCAAGGAGGAUUCCUGUUCAGGUAGCGAUGCUGCCUCUGCGGCAGGAAGCACCUAUGAACCAUCCCCCAUGCGACUGGAGGCCUUACAGGUGUUGGCUCAUCUGGCAAGAGGCUACUUCUCAAUGGCUCGGCUCUACUUGAUGGAGCUUGGGGAGGUGAUUUGCAGGUGCAUGGGGGAAGCAGAUCCGUCCAUUCAGCUUCAUGGAGCAAAGCUUCUGGAAGAAGUGGGUACAGGCUUAAUACAACAGUAUAGACGUGAUUCCAACAUAGCACCUGAUCAGAGAGUGCCAGUCACCUUGGUGGUGAUGUUCUGGACUAUGAUGCUGAACGGACCUUUACCCAGAGCCCUGCAGAAUUCAGAGCACCCAACUCUCCAGGCGAGCGCCUGUGAUGCCCUGUCUUCCAUCUUGCCGGAAGCUUUCAGCAAUCUGCCGAGUGACAGGCAGAUCCUGUGCAUCACGCUGCUGCUUGGGCUGAACGACAGCAAGAAUCGUUUAGUGAAAGCUGCGACCUCACGGGCCCUGGGAGUCUACGUGCUUUUUCCCUGUCUCAGACAGGAUGUCAUAUUUGUUGCAGACACAGCAAAUGCAAUAUUGAUGUCACUUCAAGACAAGUCUCUGAAUGUCCGGGCCAAAGCAGCCUGGUCCCUGGGCAACCUGACAGACACUCUGAUUGUCAACAUGGAAACACCAGACCCAAGUUUCCAGGAAGAGUUCUCUGGUCUGCUGCUCUUGAAGAUGUUGCGAUCAGCCAUAGAAGCAUCCAAGGAUAAAGACAAGGUGAAAAGCAAUGCAGUCCGGGCCCUUGGAAAUUUGCUUCAUUUUCUGCAGCCAUCUCAUAUACAGAAGCCCAGAUUUGCUGAAAUCAUUGAGGAGUCUAUCCAGGCCCUAAUUUCUACUGUUCUCAUUGAGGCUGCCAUGAAAGUCCGAUGGAAUGCUUGUUAUGCGCUGGGAAAUGUGUUUAAAAAUCCUGCUCUUCCGUUAGGAACAGCCCCCUGGACCUCCCAGGCCUACAACGCCCUGACAUCGGUUGUGACAUCGUGCAAGAACUUCAAAGUGCGCAUCAGAUCUGCCACUGCCCUUUCCAUUCCAGGCAAGAGAGAGCAUUAUGGGUCUGUUGACCAGUAUGCUGAGAUCUGGAACGCAUUAGUCACUGCCCUACAGAAGAGCGAAGACACCACAGACUUUUUGGAAUUCAAGUACUGUGCCAGCCUGCGGACCCAAAUCUGCCAGGCUCUGAUUCACCUCUUGAGCUUGGCCAGUGCCUCAGACCUGCCAUCCCUCAAAGACACCCUUGAACUGAAUGGGGACAUGAUCCAGUCCUAUAUCCUACAGUUUCUAAAAUCAGGAGCAGCGGGAGACGACACUGGAGCACCCCACAGCCCACAGGAAAGAGACCAGAUGGUCAGAACGGCCCUGGAGCACAUAAGCAGUGUCCAGGCACUGGCUGGCGAUACAGCCAAAAGGGCCAUCAUGGACUUUUUAGAAGAAAUCCUGACCAUUUAUUUUGACUCUGGAUCACAAGUAGCACUCCUAGGACUAACAAAUCGGUGAAUAUUCCACCAUACUUUCCAGGUGUCAAGUGGUAAUAGAAAGACCUGAGUCUGAGCAUCAGAUAUGUGGGAUUUAAUCUUAGGAGCAGAAACAAUCCAUCCACUGUUUAUUUAGAAUGAGUUAACAGCUAUUUAAGUUUUAUCAAAGGGCUCAACCACUUUAGAGAGUAGUUCCACUGCAGUGACCAUGGUCCGGGUUGUUGGAACCUCUGUGCAACCAGGAGCCACGGAGUUGGGUUGUAGUGUGAGCUGAGCAGACUGGGGAGGGGUUGUGAAGGGUGUUUAGUCUCAGUAGAUUAAAAAAAAAAGGCAAAAGGAUUGAGGAAUUAGAAUGUUGUGUAUUAUGUCUGUGGGAAUUGUUUUUCUUUUAUAAUAAACUAAUGAAAAAUAGUGUGCCCGUAAUCUGCUGUUUUCAUCGAGUUGCAUUUAUAGGAAGCUGUAAGCAGAGCUGAUGUUCAGGCAGUUUGCACUGGGACAGCGGCAUUGGUUGCUACCAUAGUAAAACGGUUGGUAAAUAGCUGCUGUGCUGAGCUCCCCAAGUGCCAGCCCUGGCAGCCCCCUCGGCCCCCCACGCCUCCCCACAGCCCAGCACCCAGAGUUGAGUCCUGGCGCGCAGGGGCCUGUAGCCUAUGCCCGUGUCCAUCUCCCCCUGGCCAUAACAGCAACUUCUAUCUAAGUUUCCUAAUGCCCUUUAGGAGAUUGCAGUCCCAAAUGCCAAAUUUAUGGUUGGUGGUUGCCUUUGAAUUUGUACCUUAAAAAAGGAUUAUUUGAUUUAGAUGGUUACAAAGAGAGGUUUUUAAAUUAUAUUUUGAUAAUGCCCAAGCAGUUAUAAAAGGAAUUUCUCACUGAAGAAUUAUUUACAUUGAAAUUUUGCAUUCCUCUCUUCACCACCACCAACUUAUUGGAAUUGAUUUCAGUGAGGAAUUUAGAGAUAGUAAAAGCAUCUAUUAAAAUUAUUCCACACUUAUAUUUGAUGUGGGAUAAAUAAGAGUCAAGAUAUAUAGAAAGGGCUUUGGUGAUAUAUUAUUUAUUGUUAUUUAGCUUAAAAUACAUAUUUAAAGGCAUAUGUCCUCAGUUUUUCUCCUCUGCCCUUAAGUUCCUCUUUUCCCUGUAAUAUGUUGUUGGUUGCUCAGAAAAUACUGUCUAGGCAGAGACUGGGAAUAGUGCUCAGGUAACUGAAGGCUCUGUUUUCCGUUGGUAGAGUACCAGUUUCUAAAGAAUUAGACCACAGGCGUCAUAAAAACACCCGCAUAGAACAUUCUCUAAACUUGCUUUUCUCUGGAGAUGAUUUGGGACACGAAUUGUUAUAGAGGCCUGGGGACUGAGUUGAACCUGUACUAACCGUAUGAAGAAUCUUGGCAUUGCUUCUGUUGAAGGAAGACAGUCUUAGUAGCAGCUUCUUUACUAGUUAUUUGCAUAAAAUUGAAAAUGUGACAUAUAUAGCUUAUUACUGGCUCUUUGGGCUUUUACUGGUGGGUUCCUUGAUAAAGUAUUUGUGAAAUGACUUCAAAUGGUUUCAUUUGAUGAUGUAUUCUUAUCCAUUGCUUAUCGUGAAUAAAAUUUUUCUUUUUAAACCUUU